AGUCCUCGCCGAAACUUGCGCCGUCCCGAGCCGCUCCCCCAGAACCUGUCCGCGAGGGCGUCAGAAGGAGACAUUUGGCAGGUCAUGCAGGAGGGGCCGCGUGGCGGUCCGGCGGGGGCGCGGGUUCCGCACGGUGUGGCGUGCGCCUCGGGAGCGGGACCGGAGUGGCGCCAGAUACGGCUGGGGAGCGGGCCGGCCUGGCCGCCGAGAACGUUGCCAACGGCCGCGGCGUUGGCGACAGACUCGCCCGCGCACGAGUGGGGGCGCGUUACGGUUGGAAGGCUCGGGGAAGGUGGCGGUUGCCGGCGGUGCUGGGGAGGCGCGUCGCGUGCGAUUUCACGGCAGGGAGCGUGCGUCGUGACCCGCAGGCGUUCCGGACGCACAGGGCAAGCAGCCCCUCCGCAUGCUUGUCGACAGCGCGGCGUCUGCGGGCACGUUUUUUCCUCUUUCCAUCUGGGCUUGGGGCGGCGAUGGCCGCCGUGAAUCGCAGAAAUGCGAAAAAAAAAGCACCCAAGCGGGCGGCACGGAGCGAAUAG